GGGAGCAGGAGGAGGCGGUGGAGGCAGUGGUUAGACAUGAACGCCGCCUCGGCGCCGGCGCUGCACGGAGAGCCCCUUCUCGCGCUCGGGCGGUUUGUGUGAUUUUGCUAAAAUGCAUCACCAACAGCGAAUGGCUGCCUUAGGGACGGACAAAGAGCUGAGUGAUUUACUGGAUUUCAGUGCGAUGUUUUCACCUCCUGUGAGCAGUGGGAAAAAUGGACCAACUUCUUUGGCGAGUGGACAUUUUACUGGCUCAAACGUAGAAGACAGAAGUAGCUCAGGGUCCUGGGGGAAUGGAGGACAUCCAAGCCCGUCCAGGAACUAUGGAGAUGGGACUCCCUAUGACCACAUGACCAGCAGGGACCUUGGGUCACAUGACAAUCUCUCGCCACCUUUUGUCAAUUCCAGAAUACAAAGUAAAACAGAAAGGGGCUCAUACUCAUCUUAUGGGAGAGAAUCAAACUUACAGGGUUGCCAUCAGCAGAGUCUCCUUGGAAGUGACAUGGAUAUGGGCAACCCAGGAACCCUUUCGCCCACCAAACCUGGUUCCCAGUACUAUCAGUAUUCUAGCAAUAAUCCCCGAAGGAGGGCCCUUCACAGUAGUGCCAUGGAGGUACAGACAAAGAAAGUUCGAAAAGUUCCACCAGGUUUACCAUCUUCAGUCUAUGCUCCAUCAGCAAGCACUGCCGACUACAAUAGGGACUCGCCAGGCUAUCCUUCGUCAAAACCAGCAGCCAGCACUUUCCCCAGCUCCUUCUUCAUGCAAGAUGGCCAUCACAGCAGUGACCCUUGGAGCUCCUCCAGUGGGAUGAAUCAGCCUGGCUACGGAGGAAUGUUGGGCAAUUCUUCUCAUAUUCCACAGUCUAGCAGCUACUGUAGCCUGCAUCCACAUGAACGUUUGAGCUAUCCAUCACACUCCUCAGCAGACAUCAACUCCAGUCUUCCUCCGAUGUCCACUUUCCAUCGUAGUGGUACAAACCAUUACAGCACCUCUUCUUGUACGCCUCCUGCCAACGGGACAGACAGUAUAAUGGCAAAUAGAGGAAGCGGGGCAGCAGGCAGCUCCCAGACUGGAGAUGCCCUGGGCAAAGCGCUUGCUUCGAUCUAUUCUCCAGAUCACACUAACAACAGCUUUUCAUCAAACCCUUCAACUCCUGUUGGCUCUCCGCCUUCUCUCUCAGCAGGCACAGCUGUAUGGUCCAGAAACGGAGGACAGGCUUCAUCAUCCCCUAAUUAUGAAGGACCCUUGCACUCCUUGCAAAGCCGAAUUGAAGAUCGUUUAGAAAGACUGGAUGAUGCUAUUCAUGUUCUCCGGAAUCACGCAGUCGGCCCAUCCACAGCCAUGCCUGGUGGCCACGGAGACAUGCAUGGAAUCAUUGGACCUUCUCAUAAUGGAGCAAUGGGUGGUCUGGGCUCAGGGUAUGGAACUGGCCUUCUUUCAGCCAACAGACAUUCGCUCAUGGUUGGGGCCCAUCGUGAAGAUGGUGUGGCCCUGAGAGGCAGCCAUUCUCUUCUGCCAAACCAGGUUCCGGUUCCACAGCUUCCUGUCCAGUCUGCAACUUCCCCUGACUUGAACCCACCCCAGGACCCCUACAGAGGCAUGCCACCAGGACUACAGGGGCAGAGUGUCUCCUCCGGCAGCUCUGAGAUCAAGUCCGACGAUGAGGGUGAUGAGAACCUGCAAGACACGAAAUCUUCCGAGGACAAGAAAUUAGAUGACGACAAGAAGGAUAUCAAAUCAAUUACUAGGUCAAGAUCUAGCAAUAAUGAUGAUGAAGACCUGACACCCGAGCAGAAGGCAGAGCGUGAGAAGGAGCGGAGGAUGGCCAACAAUGCCCGUGAACGCCUGCGGGUCCGCGACAUCAACGAGGCUUUCAAAGAGCUCGGCCGCAUGGUGCAGCUCCACCUCAAGAGUGACAAGCCCCAGACCAAGCUCCUGAUCCUCCACCAGGCAGUGGCUGUCAUCCUCAGCCUGGAGCAGCAAGUCCGAGAAAGGAAUCUGAACCCAAAAGCUGCGUGUCUGAAGAGAAGGGAGGAAGAGAAGGUAUCCUCGGAGCCUCCCCCGCUCUCCUUGGCCGGCCCACACCCUGGGAUGGGAGAUGCAUCGAAUCACAUGGGACAGAUGUAAAAGGGUCCAAGUUGCCACGUUGCUUCAUUAAAACAAGAGACCACUUCUUUAACAGCUCUGUUAUCUUAAACCCACAUAAACACUUCUCCUUAACCCCUUUUUUUGUAAUAUAAGACAAGUCUGAGUAGUUAUGAAUCACAGACGCAAGAGGUUUCAGCAUUCCCAAUUAUCAAAAAACAGAAAACAAACAAAAAAAAAAAAAAAGAAAGAAAGAAAAAAGUGCAACUUGAGGGACGACUUUCUUUAACAUAUCAUUCAGAAUGUGCAAAGCGGUAUGUACAGGCUGAGACGCAGCCCAGAGACUGAAUGGCAAUCUUUCCACACUGUGGAACAAUGCAUUUGUGCCUAAACUUCUUUUGGAAAAAAAAAUAUAAUUAAUUUGUAAGUCUGAAAAAAAUAUUUAAUUUAAAAAAAAAUUGUAAACUUGCAAUAAUGAAAAAGUGUACUUCUGAAGAAAACUACAUGAACGUUUUUGUUGGUAUUUCAAGUCAGCUAGUGUUUAUAAUUACUGGAUAUUGAAUAGGGAAGCUUGGCUACCCUAGUAACAAAACCAGCAAACGUCCUGAUGACAACAAAGUGAUGACAUUAGCCAUUCCUUAGGGUAGGAGGAACAGAUGGAUCUUAUAGACCUAUGACAAAUAUAUAUAUAAAUAUAUAUAUAAAUAUAUAUUAAAAAUUUAGUGACUAUGGUAAGCUUUUGUUCAUUUGUUUCAGACUUUUUUCUUCCUGUAAAAAAAUAGUACUGAUUAACUUUUUUAAAAGAAAGAUUUUACUGUAAAUAUGAAUUUUUUUUUUUUUUUUUUUUUUGGUCUUAUUUCUGUCCCUGCUCCCGGUUUGUUAUUGUAACCUGUAGUGCCAACUCUGCUUCCGGAGGGGUAGUGCAGGAUGAAAUGCUGACCCUGAUGUUGCUUCUCAUUCAUAAAUAAGUAGAAAGUUGUUUCUCCAGUCUUUUGGGAACACAGGACUUAAAAGUCACAUCAUGUGUAGAUAUUACAAGCAGCAUUACUAAGACAUGGCAAAAAAGAGUUUGUCUGAAUUGUAAUGUUGCGUUUGGGACCCUAUUCUGGGAUUUUCAGAGGUACAAGGUUAGAAUGCUACAAUGUUACCACUGUGCCUUCCAAUGUUUAUAUCAUCGGAAACAUAACAUAAUCAAAGUGGCUGUGAUUUAACAAAACGAUUAAAGUGUUACCUACCUGUGUAGCCGAAGUAGUGUGCAGUGAGGCGUUUCUGAAUACAUGGUCAGAUUUUUGGAAAAAAACAAAAACAAAACAAACAAAAAAAAACAAGUAAAGUUCAAAAACCGUCAAAUGAGAAAAUUGCAAGUAGUGUGACAGAGCUGAUUGAUUUUGUUGCUUUCUUGAUUUUUUUUUUUUUUCAAAAUGGGUUUACUAAAAUGUAGAUGACUUAACUGCCUCCUCCUUCAUCUGAAAAAAUGCCAAUAUUCAAUCAUCAUACAGCAUUAUAACAAGCCUUAUAAGUCCUAAAGCAUUAAGUUGCACUUUUUUGAGGAGGGGUAGUGCAGUAUUUCUCUGGCCAGUAUGAAUGAAGUUUGUACUUAACAUAUUUGAUAGAAACAUAGAUCAAGCUAUGGCACAGCAACUCAUCAGAUAGCUAGCUUUGACGUCUGGGCACAAUUGAACCAACUUCCAUCGUGAAUCUUUAUAAUGAUUGACUUUGGUGUAUAGUGCAGUAAACAAAUAGUGCUCCUAGUUAAGUAUUUGUCAGCAUCCUUUUGUCUCUAACUCGUUUCUAUUUUUACAGCCACACAAUCUUGGCAUGUAUUAAGAAAAAAAAAAUCCCUGUUCAAGUAGUUUUUCCACCUAUCAGCACUGAGUAAAUGCCAUAAAUACAUCAAAAUGGUCUAAAUGUUCCAUCUGUUCUCCUGUUUUGCCAGUUCUAGAGUAAUGAAAUACAUUUGUAAAUUUUAUGCAACA